AUUCAAGACGUUUCUGCGUCAGCAACAGCUGUCCUGGAGCUCGCGCUGGACCCUGGUUAAGAGAACAGACUUCAGCUGGGAGGAAGACAAAGACUGAGGGUUUUGUGGAAAUAUUUACCUCACUGUGACAGGAGCUUUGUGUAGAGAUUCCCCAUUGAGGUGGUAUCUCUUCGCGAUGCCAAAAUGGCAAGCCUGCUCCCACCCAAAGGCAACAGAGUCUUCCAAAGAUUCACCCCAGAGUCACUGGUGGAAAUCGACAGGCUCAUCCAAGAGAGGAGCACCAGGGAGGAUGUAGAGGGGGUUGAGGAGGAACCACAGGCUCCGAGCAGUGAUUUAGAGGCAGGAAAGUGCCUGCCAAUGAUCUAUGGUGACCCACCUGAGAAUUUCCUCAACACUCCUCUGGAGGACAUAGACCCCUUCUAUAAAACACAGAAGACUUUUAUUGUCAUUACAAAGGGAAACACAAUCUUCAGGUUCACUGCUGAACCAGCGCUGUUUUGUAUCAGUCCUUUUAGCCUUGUCAGAAGAGGAGCCAUCAAAAUUCUUAUACAUUCAUUGUUCUUCAAAUAUUUUAGUAUGUUCAUCAUGAUCACCAUCCUGUCCAACUGCGUGUUCAUGACAAUGAGUAACCCUCCAGCCUGGAGUAAAACUGUAGAGUAUGUGUUUACUGGUAUAUAUACCUUUGAAGCAACAAUCAAAGUUUUGUCCCGAGGCUUCUGCAUCGGACCUUUCACAUUCCUCCGUGAUCCAUGGAACUGGCUUGAUUUCAUGGUGAUCAGCAUGGCGUACGUCACAGAGUUUGUAGACCUUGGUAAUGUGUCAGCACUGAGGACAUUUCGUGUGCUUCGAGCUCUCAAAACCAUCACAGUUAUUCCUGGUUUGAAAACCAUUGUCGGGGCUUUGAUUCAGUCUGUCAAGAAGAUGGUAGAUGUCAUGGUUUUGACUCUUUUUGCACUGGCUGUAUUUGCCCUCAUUGGCCUGCAGCUGUUCAUGGGAAAUCUACGCCACAAGUGCAUCCGUUGGCCCAUUCCCAACAGCACCAUGUUUGAUGAUUACAACUCCACCAUGGUCAAUGACACCACCCUCAACGUCACAGAUACUUUCGAUUUCAAAGCAUACAUAGAAAAUGAAGAAAACCAAUACUUUCUGGAAGGAAGUUUAGAUGCUUUGAUAUGUGGUAACAGCUCUGAUGCUGGGAGGUGCCCAGAAGGUUACACAUGUAUGAAGGCUGGACGAAACCCAAACUAUGGCUACACCAGCUAUGACAACUUUGGCUGGGCAUUUCUCGCCCUCUUCAGACUCAUGACUCAAGACUAUUGGGAGAAUCUCUUCCAGUUGACCCUUCGUGCCGCUGGGAAAACCUACAUGAUCUUCUUUGUGGUGGUCAUAUUCCUGGGCUCUUUCUACCUCAUCAACCUGAUUUUGGCUGUGGUUGCUAUGGCAUACGAUGAACAAAACGAAGCCACCAUGGCUGAAGCUCGUGAGAAAGAAGAGGAGUUUCAAAGAUUACUUGAGCAACUCAAGAACCAAGAGCAAGAGUUACAGGCAGGCAGUAAAGCAUCUUUAGCCAGCCUGGUGACACAAAGUCAAGGGUCAAACAGGACAGGUUCCCUGCACAGUCUUGGUGGUGAUGAUGUUAUAAAUGACUGUAACGGACGAAUAUUGCCUCGCCUCAUUGUCAACAGAGCCUCCUCUAACAAAGAGUUAUCAGCUGAAGACCACAGGUCCAUGAACUCCAAACACAGCAUGCAGUACCUGGACCAGCCCAAACUCUCCAAGAGAACAGCUAGUGCUAUCAGUGUUCUCACUGCAACGAUGGAGGUGUUGGAAGAUUCUCAGAGGCCUUGUCCCCCUGGCUGGUAUAAGUUCGCUGAUAUUUUCUUAAAAUGGGACUGCUGCACUCCCUGGAUCAUAUUUAAGAAAUGGGUUCAUUUUGUAGUGAUGGACCCAUUUGUGGAUUUAGGUAUCACCAUCUGCAUUGUGCUCAACACACUUUUCAUGGCCAUGGAGCACUACCCCAUGAGUCCGGAUUUUGAACAUGUUCUCUCAGUGGGAAACUUGGUAUUUACAGGAAUCUUCACAGCUGAAAUGGUGUUCAAGCUCAUUGCCAUGGACCCCUACUACUACUUCCAGGUGGGCUGGAACAUUUUUGACAGUAUCAUUGUCACACUCAGCCUGGUAGAGUUGGGACUGGCCAAUGUUCAAGGAUUGUCCGUUCUCAGGUCCUUUCGUUUGCUACGUGUCUUCAAACUGGCUAAGUCUUGGCCCACCCUUAGCAUGCUGAUCAAGAUCAUCGGCAACUCAGUAGGUGCCCUGGGGAACCUAACACUUGUCCUGGCCAUCAUCGUCUUCAUCUUCGCUGUGGUGGGCAUGCAGCUUUUUGGCAAGAGCUACAAAGACUGUGUCUGUAAGAUUUCUGAGGACUGCGAGCUGCCCCGCUGGCACAUGAACGACUUCUUCCACUCUUUCCUCAUCGUCUUUCGGAUCUUGUGUGGAGAGUGGAUCGAGACCAUGUGGGUCUGCAUGGAGGUGGCGGGAGCGAGCAUGUGCCUGAUAGUCUUCAUGAUGGUCAUGGUCAUUGGAAACCUUGUGGUACUGAACCUGUUCCUGGCUCUGCUGCUCAGCUCCUUCAGCGGGGAUAACCUGUCUGGAGGGGAUGAUGAUGGUGAGAUGAACAACCUUCAGAUCGCCAUUGGUCGCAUCACCAGGGGUAUAGAUUGGCUCAAAUCCUUCAUCGCCAGAAAGUUGCGCCAGAUUCUAGGAAAGAAACCUCCUGACAAUAAUGAAGGAGGAAGGGAAGGAGACAUAGAACUGUGUGCUAUUAAUCACCUGGAUGAGGGGAAAAUGGCAGAUGGCUUGACCAACUGUUUGCCUCCAACACUGACUGUACCUAUUGCUCGUUGUGAGUCUGAUGUUGAAGAUGAUGAGGACUCUGAUGAAUCUUCUGAUGAGGGGGAUGGAAAGGCUGCUCUCGAUGAUGAUGACUCAUCAGUUUGUAGCACAGUGGACUACCAGCCUCCAGAACCUGAGCCUGAGCCUGAAGAGGAAGAAGAACCAGAGCCUGAAGAGCCAGAGUCCUGUUUCACAGAGGGUUGUGUCAAGCGAUUUACAUUUUUGAACGUAGACAUCACAGAAGGAUGGGGGAAAAAGUGGUGGAACCUUCGAAGAACAUGCUUCACCAUCGUUGAGCAUGACUACUUUGAAACCUUCAUCAUCUUUAUGAUCCUUCUUAGUAGUGGAGCUCUGGCUUUUGAGGAUAUCAACAUAGAGCGCCGCAGAGUGAUCAAGAUUAUCCUGGAGUAUGCUGAUAAAGUCUUUACAUACAUUUUCAUAGUAGAGAUGUUACUAAAGUGGGUGGCAUAUGGUUUCAAGACUUACUUCACUAAUGCGUGGUGCUGGCUGGACUUCCUCAUUGUGGAUGUGUCACUAGUCAGUUUAACAGCUAAUUUAUUGGGAUAUUCUGAGCUUGGAGCAAUCAAAUCUCUCCGAACACUCAGGGCUCUUCGACCACUUCGAGCCCUGUCAAGAUUUGAAGGAAUGAGGGUGGUAGUGAAUGCACUGGUUGGUGCCAUUCCCUCUAUUUUCAAUGUGCUGCUGGUGUGUCUGAUAUUCUGGCUCAUCUUCAGCAUUAUGGGAGUCAAUCUGUUUGCUGGAAAGUUCUACCACUGCAUAAACACCACCACAGAGGAACGCUUCCCCAUGGAUGUGGUCAACAACAAGAGUGACUGUAUGGCCCUGAUGCACACCAAUGAGGCACGCUGGGUCAAUGUGAAGGUCAACUAUGACAACGUGGGACUCGGCUACCUCUCUCUACUGCAAAUUGCUACGUUUAAAGGCUGGAUGGAUAUCAUGUACGCUGCAGUGGACUCUAGAGAGGUGGAAGAGCAGCCGUCAUAUGAGAUCAACCUUUACAUGUACCUAUAUUUUGUUAUUUUCAUCAUUUUUGGAUCCUUUUUCACUCUCAACCUCUUCAUUGGUGUCAUCAUUGACAACUUCAAUCAGCAGAAGGCCAAGUUUGGAGGGAAAGACAUUUUCAUGACAGAGGAGCAAAAAAAGUACUACAAUGCCAUGAAGAAGUUGGGUUCCAAGAAACCUCCAAAACCUAUUCCUAGGCCAUCGAAUGCGAUCCAGGGUGUGGUGUUUGACUUCAUAACAAAACAGUUCUUUGACAUCUUUAUCAUGGUGCUUAUCUGCCUCAAUAUGGUGACCAUGAUGAUAGAGACAGAUGACCAGAGUGCUGAGAAAGAGGAUAUCUUGUACAAGAUCAAUUUGUUCUUCAUCAUCAUCUUCACAGGAGAAUGCGUACUUAAGAUGUUUGCGCUCAGACAUUACUUUUUCACUAUUGGCUGGAACGUCUUUGAUUUUGUUGUGGUCAUCCUUUCUAUAGCAGGUCUGAUGUUAUCAGAUAUCAUUGAGAAGUAUUUUGUGUCUCCCACCUUGUUCCGUGUGAUCCGGCUCGCCAGAAUCGGCCGUGUGCUACGUCUCAUCAGAGGGGCAAAAGGCAUUAGGACUCUUUUAUUUGCCUUGAUGAUGUCACUUCCUGCCCUCUUCAACAUCGGACUGCUUCUGUUCCUCAUUAUGUUCAUCUUUUCCAUCUUUGGCAUGUCUAACUUUGCCUAUGUAAAAAAGCAAGCAGGCAUCGACGAUAUCUUCAACUUUGAAACCUUUGGCGGCAGCAUCAUCUGCCUGUUUGAGAUCACAACUUCGGCAGGCUGGGAUGGGCUUCUGCUGCCUAUUCUGAACAGCGGCCCUCCAGACUGUGACCCUGACAUAGAGAACCCUGGUACAGACGUUCGGGGGAACUGCGGGAAUCCUGGCAUGGGUAUCAUGUUUUUCUGCAGUUACAUCAUCAUGUCAUUCCUGGUGGUCGUGAACAUGUACAUUGCUAUCAUUCUUGAGAACUUCAACGUUGCUCAAGAGGAGAGUGGAGACCCGCUCUGUGAGGAUGACUUUACGAUGUUUGACGAGACGUGGGAAAAGUUUGACAUUGAUGGAACACUGUUUAUUGAAUACAGCCGCUUGUUUGACUUCGUCGAUGCCUUGCAGGAGCCUUUACGAAUUGCCAAACCCAACCGCCUUAAACUAAUCACCAUGGAUCUACCCAUUGUAACCGGUGACAAAAUCCACUGUCUGGAUAUUCUUUUGGCAGUUACCCGUGAGGUUCUUGGUGACACGAUUGAGAUGGCUGCCAUGAAGGAGAGCAUUGAAGCCAAAUUCACAAUGAGCAAUCCUACAUCUGCCUCCUUUGAACCAAUCACCACCACUCUCAGGAGGAAAGAGGAAGUGCAUGCAGCCAUUGCGGUUCAACGAACAUACCGUAGACAUCUCCUCAAACGUGCUAUCCGGUAUGCAUGCUUCAUGCAUCGUUCAAAGAGGAAAGUCAGGGGUCAAAACGAUGAAGAACCUCCUGAAACCGAAGGGUUAAUUGCAAGGAAAAUGGAUGCCCUUUAUGGCAGCAAUCCAGAACUUGCCAUGGCUCUUGAGCUGCAGGCUAGGCCGAUGCCACCUAAUGCACAGCCGCCCAAGCCCACCUCGGUCAUGCAGCACCGAGUAUCCAUAACCUACCCUCGUCCACAGGGACAACUCACACUUCCAGUGGAGCUUACAAGUGAGGCGAUCUUCCAGUCUGCACCCAUGACGCAUGGCCUCUGCAGUUUAGAGAAUGCAACAAUAAAAGAGUCAGUAGUAUAACUGGUGAGAUAAUCCUUGUGAUGUAAAAUGGAGUAUCACCUGCACGCACUGAACAACUACUCUCCAAAAACAAGACGGCUUAAACGAUUACACAGGACUGCUACAGUGUGACAGCAUUGUAAUGCUAUUUCUUGGGAGUACUGUUUUUUUAUUAUUUAUACUUUUGUAAAGACCUAUUUCAUUUAGGAUUCAUUUUGUUUGAUCCCAAUUAAAAAUUUCCCAGUAUAUUUGUCAUAACUUAGUUUUUUCCCUGUUGUAGCGCCACCAAGUGGCUAAGUGCUGCAGUUAUUUUCACAUGACCUUAGACUGAAUCCAUACACAAAUGUGCCAAGUUUGGUGAAAAUAUCUCUUUCCAUUCAAGACUUGCAGCCAUUUAAGUGAAAGUGGCCACACCCACUUAGAAAUUUUGCCGCUGUUAAAGUGAUGAAUUUAAAAUUCAGACUUUUGGGAAUAAUUUAAUGAUGAUUAGUUCUUGAACGAUUCGUUCAUUUUAAACAAAUCUUUAAUGUGACUCGGUAAGAACAAAUCGUCUCAGGAGUGAUUCGUUCAGUCGCAAAUGCGCAAAAUUCUAUGUUCUGUAGUGGAAUUAGUCAUGUAUUUCACCCGUUUCAGUCAAUGCAUUCUGAGCCAGAAAGAGAAUCGAUUAGUUCAUCUCAUGAGUCAUCGGGAUUUUCGAGUCGUUCAUUCAUCACAUGACAGACCCAUAAGCAUAACCAAUGGAGUCUGAGUCAGAAAGAGUCUUAAUAAUAAGCAACUCUUUAUUACCUUUGUUACAGCAUUCAGUGUAUGGAUAAUAACCAUCAUGACAGAAGUUCACACAUUUAUAAACUGUAGAAGUAAAAAGCUACAAUUUGAUACCAGAAAUGGUGUAACAUAAAGACAAAAAUAUACACAAAGAUUUGUUGCCAAGCUAACUCCUUUCAUACAGUCUAUGGUCAAAGCUUAUGGGACUAUCACGUGAUGAAGGAAGACUCGAAAAACCCAAAGACUCAUGAUGAGAUGAACUAAUCAAAUCUCUUUCUGGCUCAGACUGCUUAAUAUAAAGCUUAUGGGGCUGUCACUUGAUGAAGGAGCGACUCAGACUCGAAGACUUGUCAGAUAAGAGGUUAGGUGAACUAAUCACAGACUGAAGACCCAGGUAAACAAUGAAUUCAUCUUUUCUGUUUCUUAUAGCGUUAUAGUUUUGUAUUGUUUGUAGUGUAAUCAACAUUUGUGUAAGUACUAGUAGACGUGUUAGGGAAUGACACGUAACAUUUGAAUUAUAUUUUGAUAAAUUUUAAAUAAAAAAGAUUUGUUAAUUUUGCCGAAUGAGCCUCAAAGGUCUGAGUCAGUGAAAUGAUCCGAACUUCCCAUCACUAGAAUAAUUAGUAAUAUUAAGUGUUCAGAGAAACUUUUUACACUUGUUUGAUUCCUUUCUUGUGAAAAACCUGGGACAAUUUGUUUUGCUAAAAAAAAAAGAAAAGAAAAGUCCUAUAUGGAGGAGAAUUUUUCAUUGUGAAAAUGAAAUCACAAUGUUUCAUCCCCUGCAUGCUAGCACCCAGUACUUCUGAUGUAUUUUCACUACGGUAUCUGGUGACAAUGGUACAUUUCUUAUGGUUGUUUAAAGCACAGUUUUUUCCAAAAAGCUCCCAUUUACAGGUUUAUCUUAGUUUUUACCUUACAUUUUACCUAAAUCAUCUUUUUAAAUACUUAUUGCAAAAUGUAUCAGUAUUAAUAGCUUCCGGCGGACACUUAAUAAUUCAAUAAUAAUUCAAAGAAUUUACUACAGUGUUUGUUAAACCCUUAUAUAUAUAUUAAUAUAUGUAUUAUUAUAUAUUUUUCUUUAUUACUGCUGAAUUAUAAAACCUGAAAUGUUAAUUUCAGUAUAAUUCUGAUGUUUAGCUGCACAGAUCUCUGUUUAGUCUACUAUUUUUUAACUAUAUGCUGAAAAUCUACCAAGCCAUAAAGUAAAUGCAGUUUUCAUGUUCUUAUGCAGAAGUUAUUUCAGAAGUUAAUUAAACCUAGUUAGAAUAACCCCAUCCAUUUAACUGUAUUUAGCACUAAUAUCCCGAUGUGAAUUGAGCAUCAUAGUGUCCAUUUUAAUGAACUGAUGAAUAAUAUGUGAAAUUUAGAGUACCCCUGAUAACUGUUGCAAAGUUGCAUCAGAUUAUUUGUCUUUGUCCAGGCAAGGGCAUUACUCUGUAACUGCUUUAUAACUGAUUCCCUUCUUUACAAAAAGAGCCUGAAGUGUCCAGUAUCUACUCACAUGAUUCUUACCUAAUUUAUAUCUAGCUGAAAUUCAUAUUUAUUACCUGAGAUAUACUUGUGAUGUUUACACCUUCCUUUGAAUUCCUUUCAUUAAAUUGAAAACUUAAAAUUGGCCAUUUUAAAACCUUAUCAGGUUAAUAAUCCCAAAGUAUAUUCAGUGUUUUAGUACCUGUCAUAGCUAGGAGUUGUAUGUAUUAGAGACAUUUAAUGAUGGAUUUCCUCUGAAGUCUUAAUGUGACUGCAAAUGUCUUAUUUCUUAAAACUCAUAAAUAAAGCACUUUGAGAUAUGUAUAUUUCGUAUAGUUUCUAGGUUUGGUCUCUUAUUGCCAAAAAGCAUUAGUUUACUAAAGGAGAAUUACUUUUGUUGAGAAAAUACAACAACAACAAAAACUGGGCAGUUUUGUGCAAUUUUGGUUUCAUAUUGAUAUUGUUAAUAUGCAAAUAAUUUUCUAUUGUUUACAUUUUUAUCAAGGAGAAAGACAUUGCAGUGCUUUAGGAUUGGCUAGCCUCAUUGCCUGUAUAUAUACUUUGCAGAUAGAAGCCUAUUUUGUUAGAUGCUGUCUUUUCUUUGUAUCAUCACUGGACAACAUUUCAUUUAAAAUGUCCUUAGAAUAAAUUUGAUAAGAUAAA